AUGAAUCUCAAACUCCAGCGCCGUCACCAGAGCCAGACGAUACGGGCCGAUCGUCCGUUUCGCGUUGCCAUUGUAGGGUCAGGACCAGCUGGAUUCUAUGCAGCCUAUAGACUGCUCUCAAAGGUCGAGGAUGCCGCGGUGGAUAUGUAUGAGAAACUGCCGGUCCCCUUUGGCCUGGCACGAUACGGAGUUGCGCCGGACCAUCCGGAAGUCAAGAACUGCGAGGAAAAGUUCACUGAAGUUGCAGCAUCUCCGAGGUUCAACUUUAUCGGCAACGUCGAACUCGGCACAAGUCUCCCACUCCGAGCGCUGAAACCACAUUACGACGCCAUUCUAUUCGCAUACGGGGCGCCGAAAGAUAAGAAGCUGGGUAUACCUGGUGAGGAUGCACUUCGGAAUGUGUACUCGGCGCGAGAGUUUGUGGGGUGGUACAAUGGCCUCCCGGAGCACCGUGAUCUCGCACCGGAUCUUACGGCCGGUGAGGAUGCUGUGAUUGUUGGCCAGGGAAACGUUGCCCUAGACGUUGCAAGGAUACUAUUGUCGGAUAUCAAUACUCUACGAAGGACAGAUAUCGCAGAGUACGCGGUGGAAGAGUUGGUCAGGAGCAAGAUCAAGCGUGUUCGGGUUGUAGGCCGUCGCGGGCCGUUGCAAGCCGCGUUUACGAUCAAAGAGCUCAGAGAGCUUCUCCAGCUGCCUUCUGUGUCGUUUGAUCCAGUUCCUCGAGACCUCUUUCCACCAGACGAGGUUAUAUCCACGCUUCCUCGGGCACAAAAAAGAUUAAUGCAGCUGCUGGCAAAGGGUUCGACCAAUGACCCCAAUACCGCGACCAAGUCAUGGUCUUUAGAUUUUCUUCUUUCUCCGGAAUGCCUGAAUUGGUCGCCUGUGCAUCCUUACCGCCUCUCGUCCGUCAGGUUCUCCCGCAAUGAACUGGAUCCAAGCAACCCUCACACACCUAGUGCCAAGGUUACACCAAAGUACCUCUCAAGCGGGAAGCGGGCGCAAGUCGACAUACCCGCCAACACUUUCUUCCGCAGUGUCGGCUACAAAUCCCUCCCUCUGCCUGGUUUGGAAGAUCUAGGCAUCCAGUUCGAUUCUGAUCGCGGUGUGCUCCCCAACGACGGCUUUGGUAGAAUUACCGUCCCGACCACCGCAGGGGGUAAUGAGCGACUGCCAGACGGUUCGCUGAUCACCCAUCUGCCUGGGCUCUACUGUGCCGGGUGGGUCAAGCGUGGCCCAACUGGUGUCAUCGCCUCAACCAUGACCGAUGCAUUCACCACCGCUGACACUCUGGCUGCGGACAAGGCGAGUCAAACAGGCAAAGGAUCAUUGCUGAAUGGGCCGGCCAAUAGCACAGGUCUCGGCUGGGACGGUGUACGGCCCGAGGCGGAGAAGCGCGGGCUACGGCCAACCACCUGGCAGGACUGGGAACGCAUCGACAAGGCAGAGCGGGAGAGGGGCCAGCAGAAGGGGAAAGUUCGAGAUAAGUUUGGGCGAGUGGAAGAGAUGUUGGAGGUUGUAUCUUGA